UUAUUCCGAAACUUUCAGAAAAAAUAAAAGAAAAGAAAGUGCGGAGAAAUUGUCAUUGCGAGAUUACAGAAGGGAACAUAACACAAAUCUCCUGCCCAUGCCCAUGCCCAUGCCCAUGCACAAUCCACCCUAAUCCCAUCCCAUCCCCGUAACCCCAGGUUCUCUUUUCUGAGUUUUGAUCUGCGAUCAAAUAAUUUGAUACGAUGUCAAAGGACGACCAUAACCCUUACGAUGACCGAGACAGAGGGCUCUUCUCUCAUCUCGCCGGUGCAUACUAUCCCCAGCACCAUUCCGGAUCUUACCCUCCUCCGCCCUCUGCAUAUCCACCGCCGCCACAAGCCUACCCUCCUCCUCCUGGGUACCCACCUGCCGGAUACCCUCCUCCGCCUCCUCAUGCCGCAUACCCACCGCACUAUCCUCCCCCUGGUGGAUACCAUCCCGCCGCUUAUCCUCCUCCUGCUCCUUUUCCAUAUCCUGCACCAGGGCACCACCACAGCGGUCAAAGCGGACCUGGUAUGGCACCCAUGCUGGCUGGAGGUCUGACGGCUGCAGCUGCUGCUUACGGGGCGCACCGCCUUUCGCAUGGUCACAUGGGUUACCAUGGGGGCUACCAUGGGGGUUACCAUCACGGUAAGUUCAAGCAUGGUAAGUUCGGGAAGCGCUGGAAGCAUGGUGGGUUUGGGAAGCAUGGUGGGUUUGGCAAGUUCAAGAGAUGGAAGUGAUUUAUGGGCUGCCAUGGCCGAUUCGCCUUUGCUUCUUUAAUAAAUAUACAAGGACAAGAAGAAGACUGCAUUAUCAAUAAAGCUUUGUAUGUAUAUAUAAUAUGAAUCAAGAGAUCUAACAUGGGGCAUUCAUCCCAAGAAAAUAUAAAUAAAUGAAAACACUAACAUGGGGUGAGUUGAUGAAUGAAAAAACAUCAAAAUUAAUGAUUAACCAUAGUAAUUAAUAUGAUGUUAAAUAUUUAAUUGGCUUAAUUAUAAUUAAACUAUCGCUUUGCAUGUAAUUCUUUUUUUAUAUAAUGAAAAUGAUAUCAAGAAAGUUCGUCCAUGAUAUCCCUUUAAUUA